AUGCCGCAAGACGCGCUGCCCGCCCAGCACAAAGCAGUCGUUUUCGACAAGCCCGGGACAAUAUCUGCCAAAGUCACCACAAUAGACACUCCGCGACCGGGAUAUGGCGAAGUGCUGGUCAAACUCACCCAUUCGGGCGUCUGCCAUUCCGACAUGGCCGUCAUGCUCAAUGCGUGGGCCAUUCUCCCGGAGCCCACCCCCCCAGGCCAGAUCGGGGGACACGAGGGUGUCGGCGUGAUUGUCGCCCUCGGGCCGGAAACACAGAACUCGGGGUUGCAGAUCGGCGACAGGGCCGGGAUCAAGUACAUGGCCGACAUCUGUGGGAGUUGUCGCCAGUGCUUGCUGGGGAGAGAUGCCUUUUGUCCCAAGGGAAAGAUAUCGGGAUAUCUCACCCCCGGGACCUUUCAGCAAUAUGUGUUGGCCCCGGCUCACUACGUGACUCCCAUACCGGACGGCCUGGACAGCGCGUUAGCAGCGCCUCUACUCUGCGGAGGAGUGACCGUGUUUGCAGGGUUGGCCAAGUGCGGUGCAAAGCCUGGGGAUUUCGUAGUCAUCUCUGGUGCGGGCGGCGGUCUCGGCCACCUGGCCAUUCAAAUUGGUCGCGGAAUGGGGUUCAGAAUCAUUGGAGUCGACGCAAGUCCGAAGCGGGAACUCGCCAUGGAAAGUGGCGCGGAAGCAUUUUUUGACCAUUUAAGCUACACAGGCCCCGAAGGUUCUGAACGGCUUGCGCAGGAUAUCAAGGCAGCCACAGGCCAUCGCGACGGUGCCGCUGCGGUCAUCGUUUGCACCGCGUCCAACGCCGCCUACGCACAAUCCCUUUCGUUUCUGCAGAUCGGAGGAACGGUCGUCUGCCUGGGUAUUCCCGAAGGCCCGCGAAAGGCAAUAACGACUGCGGAUCCUGGGACCUUUAUCGAAAGGGACUUGCGGAUCAUUGCUUCGUCGGUGGGGACGAGAAAGGACGCAAUCGAUGUCCUUGACAUGGCGGCGCGGGGGAUCGUAAAGUCGCAUGUGGAAAUUCGGCCGAUGGAUCAGCUUGAACAGACGUUCCGAGAGAUGGACGAUUGCAGUCUGCAAGGACGAGUGGUGCUAAAAUUAGACCAGUAA